UGGGAAAUUAAAAACAUUAUUGGACACGACAUAAACUAUGGCAGCACAAUCUUCUCAAAAAACUUUUCAUAAACAAGUUCAAAAGGAGAAGUUAGAUCACUACGUGCAGUUAACUGUGGCAAGAUUCAGCAAACUGUCUGAAAAUGUGAAAGCUAAUAAAAUAUGGGUUAAGUUGGCUGAAAAGUAUAUAGAGGUUGCCGGUGGUAUGAAUAAAAUUAGCCGCCAGAUGUUAGAGGAGCAUAUUGAACAACGGAACCCUGAAUGUUAUGAGGAUGCUAUUUCGCUUCUUAUUGAGUACACUGGCCAGGAGGAUGUAGAGUUUUUGUCAGAUCGUUCGCUUAUAGCUCCAUCUAACCUUGAAGCUUCUAGAGCAGUUCCCUUAUUGACAUCCAAAAAACUCGAACGCCUCAUAGAAAGAGUGGAGCAGGAACUUGAUUCUGAUUUAUUUAACGUAGCGAAGCACCUUAGGUAUGUUAAAGAGUACUUAACCGCAGCGCCCGCUCCUCAGGACCGAUUUGACAAUACACGCGCUAAACUGUACUGGUGCCUAGAGAAGUACGGUUUGUCGAUGUAUAAUUGUCCCGACUGGUGGUUCGCCGUGUCGAAGGCUUUUCAGUUGCACAUGACCCAUAUGCUGAAAGCAGAACCGAAGUAUCGCUUCUAUGGAAGGAGUGUUCGCUACAGUCCUAACGCCCUGGCAGCUCCUGGAAGUUCUUUGGUGUACCCAACUUGUUUUGAUCUUUGCGAAGCGUUUCUGCGGGUGUGCGAUCGCGCAUGUAGUUUUCACGCGGCUGAUUAUUGUGAUACCGGAAGGCUAAAAGACUUUUAUGAGUGCAUUCGAGCGGUUAUCCGGUGCGAGCGCGAAGUACACAUCUUUUCUGACGAGAACGACUGGAACAUGAUGCUAUAUGAAUAUAUCGGGAGAUUCUUUUUGCGCUGCGCUAAUUACUUUUACGAAUUGGACGAUGAGAAUGACGUGAAAUUUUUUAGUUUCUGCGCUCAACACUUCGGGUUGCCUUUAGAAAAGAAGGAAGAUUUUCGGCAAAUUCCACUGCAGCGCCUUUAUUACCGCUCUCUGGCUGGUCAGCGGCUCUCCGAAAGUUCUUACGCCUUGUUAUUAUUAAACUUCAAGGACACUAAGGGCUAUUUCUCGUGGCAGGAGGAAGUCAUUUCUGUUGUGAACCGGUUUUUUGGAGGCAACUGUGAGCGAGAUUUGUUGUUUAACGAGUUUGUCUAUCCACUCCGCGACCACGUGGCUUUCGAAGAGGACGUAUCUAAGUACGACAUCCUCUCGGUUGGUGCGACAGCGUGUUCAGAAGUGCUGCAGCCGCACCACCUGAUGAAGUGGCUCGUCGGAGAUCUGACUCGAAUUUCCUGGCUGCGAAGUGUUUGGGCAAAACGUGCUGUUUGCGAACAGCGGAUCUCUCAGAAUUGUCCGGCCCCUGUAGGCCUUUCCAGCUUCCAGCCGCUUCUUCAGGCCGCCUUUGCAAAGCUCGGAGGCCGGAGAGUGCCUCCUGCCAGCUUUGACCAUCUCCAGUCGGUAGUGGGAAGCCUAUCACUAUUAGAUAUCGACUUCUUUGUCGGUUUAUGUCUGCCCGUCGGGAAACCUGUUGUUCCGUUGCAGAUUUACGAGCGCAACCGGAAAAGUGGCUUUUUGGACUCUCCCUUUGUAUUCUGGACUUCCUUGGUCCACAUGUAUCAGGUCUCUGAGGGCUGCUUCAGGUACAAAGAGGGAGAAAGCUUGAUUGGCGAUCCCUCAGACAUCUUGGCGGACAUCAUUGAGCUGUGGAAUCAUUCCAAAGCCUUCAAGGACGUCCCCCGUCUCAAAGAGUAUCAUAUGUUUGGAGUAGAACCUGCGUCUGAAAAGUUUGAAAGGUCACAGCAUCAUGGCGGCAGUAGUUUAAUGCAAAAUGACUACUUCUCACCAAUGAGCGCUGCACAGCGUCCCUAUUCUGGCUCCCGCCCUCCAAUGGAGCGAGGGCAUUCGAAUGGUAGUCUGCCCCACACGAACGAGAGGGCUGCAAGUAUACCGUCACCGCCCUCAGAGACGCCUUUUACCAUGACCUCCUCCCUUGCAUCUUCAGUAUCCCCCUCUACUACGCCACUCGGAUCCGAGGCCUUCUCUGCUUCUCGUUCCCACGGGCCUCCCGUGUUCUCCUUUGCGUUUACCGAUCUUUCUUCUGCCAACUCUGUCCAGAACGCACAGCAGGUGCAGUUGGAGCCAAACCCCCCCCCCUUCUCUGCAGCCGCCCAAGAGAGGAGCAAUGCCGGGAGCGAGACAGAGCCUGCCAUGCAGUUUAAGCCCAUUCUUGACGUCCAGAAAGUGGCAGAGCAUACUGGCGAAGAAGACGAGGACUGUCUCAUGCAGCUGCAUGCCAAACUCUACCGCUUCGAUUUGCCUUCCAAGGCCUUCAAGGAGAGGGGUGUCGGGGUUCUAAAAAUGCUCCAACACCGGCAGACUGGACGCGUUCGGCUGCUCAUGCGUAGAGAUAAUCUUUUUAAAAUAUGCGCAAACCAUUACUUGACUCUGGAGAUGGAGCUCAAACCAAUGGCAUCCGCGAAAAAUGCAUGGAUUUGGAGCACCCCUGCUGACUUUUCCAACGAAGAGCCUUCUUCGGAGCUUUUUGCCAUCCGUUUCAAGUGUUGUGAAGAUAGCAAGACUUUCAAAACAUUGUUCGAGAAGUACACUCAAGAAGAGAAACAGAGGGAUAGGGGACCUUCACAAUCGUCUCAGAUGAAUAUCUCUCUCGCCCUCCCGCAAGGAGCUACGCCUGCGGAGAACAAACAACUCGAGAGGAGCCAGAAGCCCUUCGACUUUCGCGAGAAGUACACUCAAGAAGAGAAACAGACGGAUAGGGUGCCUUUACAAUCGUCUCAGAUGAAUAUCUCUCUUGCCCUCCCGCAAGAAGCUACGCCUGCGGAGAACAAACAACUCGAGAGGAGCCAGAAGCCCUUCGACUUUCGCGAGAAGUACACUCAAGAAGAGAAACAGACGGAUAGGGUGCCUUUACAAUCGUCUCAGAUGGAUAUCUCUCUUGCCCUCCCGCAAGAAGCUACGCCUGCGGAGAACAAACAACUCGAGAGGAGCCAGAAGCCCUUCGACUUUCGCGCUGUAUGGACUGCUUCUGGCGAGCAGGCGAUGUCCACUACUGAUCAGAGUUCCUUGCCGAAAUUCACAGGCUUUUCUUUUUCAGGCAGUAGUGCACAACUUGACGUUCAUCUACAGAAAAAUUUAGAAACUCCUUCAAAGUCGUCCACUUUAACAUUUUCGAAGAAUGAGCCCUUCAAUUUCUCAGCGCCUUCAAAUCUGAUUCGCUCUUCGUUUUCUGGGAUCACCGCGGAAAGUCGGAAUGAGGCUGGGAAAAAAAGCGCUGAGAACGAGUCGCAAGGAACCACCGAUGACUCCCCUCAACCGUUCUUUGAACCAAUAUUGGAAGUAAAGCCAGUCAAAACUUUAACUGGUGAAGAAAACGAAGAAGUCUUACUGGAGCUACAUGGUAAACUUUAUCGCUACGAUACCACAAAUAAAAGUUUUAAAGAGAGAGGGACGGGAAUCAUGAAAGUAUUGAAGGAUUCACUAACGAAGAAAGUUCGGUUACUCAUGAGGAGGGAUAAACUGCUCAAAGUUUGCGCUAACCAUUACCUGACUAAAGACAUGACCAUCGAGCCGCUCAAAUCUACCAAAAACACAUGGCUUUGGUCGACCGCAGCUGACUUUUCCGACGACACUCCCACGCCUGAGCUUCUCGCCUUGCGCCUGAAAACUGCUGAAGAUAGCCAUAAGUUUAAGGAAGUGUUUGAGUCUUGUACUCGCGAAGACCACUGUAAGGACGACCGAGAAAAGAUUGCCGGCGCAACCUUUCCCGAGGAGACUGAAGUUGCCCCUCGCCCAAAUUCUAUUGCUUUCAAUAACGGAGCGGGAAAAAAAUUGACGUCUUCCACUGUGGCGUCCAGUAAGGACGAUGAGCUUAUUAUCGUUAAGGAGGUCACGCCAACCGAAGAGCAGAUCAAGCUUGCCUCUUCCUUAUUCUUCCCAAAGAAUUUCUAUACAAUAAUUGAGCGCACAUCUAGUGAGAAUUCUCCGUCGCAAUCACACGCUCGCCCUCUGUUGCUCGGAGAUACUCAGUCUCUCCUGGGCCCCGCUUCCGAAUCCCAGGAGGUGCCACAUGGACUCAAGUCAGCAGAAACUGGGUCGGAGGCGCCUGAGACAUCCCAUUCCGGUCGAUCCAGCGAAGAUGAGAAUUAUGUGAGCAGUGAAGAUGAUGCCUACAGUUAUGACGAACCGGAUGAAGACACCGAUGCAUACACCGACGUUUCUUACGAUGAGAGAGAGACAGAGGAGGAUGACAAUGACUCGGAUGUAUAUGAUGGUGAAGAUGAUGGUGAAGGAGGGGACGGACUUUCCUCCUCUGCUUUUAAUAAAGAAGAGGGAAAAGUUUUGGUUUCUGAACACUCUACUGCUUGUAUGCCUUCCAUGAUACUUCCUGAGAACUCUAAAUAUUCGCUGUCUACCGAAGCGAGCGACCCGAAGACACCUUUAGGAUAUGUAAAGACGACCAAUGUGGAUGAUUCCGCUUUUACUGUGAGCAUAACCCCUAGCGAAAUUUCUUCAGCUUCUCCAACUGCCCUAGCUGAAGACAAAGGUUCUACUGUUAACCUUUUUUCUUCUUUUCUCCAACCGGGAAAGACUUUUUCUUCCGGAUUUGGAAAAUCUCUUGAAGUUAAGCCGCUGUCCUCCAUUUUCGGUCCUUCUCAGAUUGCGCACGAAACCAACGAAGAAAAAGAGGAGGCCGCUAAGGAUGUUUCAUUUGAACCCAUUUUAAACGUCAAAAAGACGGAGGCACCGACGGGAGAAGAAAAUGAGGAUACUCUUCUCUCAGUUCGCGCUAAAUUGUACCGAUUUGAUAAGGAAGUUAACACCUUCAAGGAACGUGGAAUAGGCGAUCUGAAGUUUCUGCAGAACAAAGAAAGCGGUAGGGUUAGGAUUGUUAUGCGCAGGGAUAAGAUACUUAAAGUUUGUGCCAAUCACUACCUCACUUCCGAUAUGAAACUGGAACCCCUAAAAACUUCCAAAUGGUCUUGGUUAUGGGCCACCGCCGCCGAUUAUUCAGAUAACGAACCUUUAGGUGAAGUCUUUGCCGUUCGUUUGAGAGGCGAAGAGGACAGCAACAAAUUUGUAAAACUAUUUGAAAAAUACACCAAGCUCUCCCAGUAGGCAAUUAGAAGGCCUCGAUUUACUUUUACGAAGCCAAUACAAGUAUAAAAUUCAUUCAAGCCCUUUCUAUUACGGCA